AUGCAUGAGAGGAAGUGGCUUCAGUGGCUGGCUGAGGCCUCAAUUGAAGUGAAGGUCCUGACUAGGAGCACAGAGCAUGUGGAGCUAGCACAGGAGACACAUCACUUCAAGCAGCCUCGCAGUGGCAUGGUGGCCAUGGACUGUCCCAAGUCCAAGGUUCCAAUUAUCAUGGUGGUGGCAGUGGCCACAGAGGAGGAGGCCACUGAGGAGGAGGCAGCUGAAGAGGCUGCCUUGGCGGCAGCAGUGGCAGGGACAAUGGCAGUAUUGGCAGAAACAGGUCUGGCUGUGUAUGAAGAGGGAGCUGAGUUGUCUGCAGCUGAGGGGGAGGAGAGGUCGCACUCGCCCUACCAUGUGCCCUCAGACCCCGCGCCUCCCUCCCCAACCCUUCCCAAGACUCCGGGCCUGCCACACCUGGAGCCUCUGCGCACAGCUUCUCCCAGCAGCAGACGUGAGCGGCCACCCUACGGACCCACACCCUGGGACACCAUUGCCCAGCGAACCAUUCGACCCCCCCUCACAGUCUCCCCCAUUCUGUGGACCCAGACCCGUGCCUCCCGCCUCCCCUCUCCUGUCCCACCUAUGCCUCCCCUGCAUCCCACAGUAUACCCUUGCUCUGCCGCACAUGCACCCCAGGGGGUGACCACCACAAUCAAGGACAUCAUGAGGAGCAAAGAUGGUGACCUCUCCAUCCCCAGCCUGCCAGCUGUGAGCAGAGAAUAUUCCCAGCAUUGCACUGGAAUCUGGGAAAUUCAGAGAACCAGGAUGCUUCAAGGAUCCUUUCUCUGCAAGAUGAAACUUGGGGGCCGGAUGUGGUGGACCAUCCUAUGCCUUGGGGACUGGGACUUUUGCUGGCUCAAUCUGAAGAUGACACCCCCAGUGUUCAUUUCUCAACCAGAGACAGAGGAACUGGUUGAAUGGGUGCUGGAGGAGGUGGCCCAGGGUCCCCAUGUGGCUGGGACUCAAGGUGGCCCUCCCAUUCUGGAGGUGGGCUGUGGGUCAGGAGCUGUCUCACUCAGCCUAUUGAACAAGCUCCCUGAAAGCCAAGUCAUUGCUGUCAAUAAGGAGGAAGCUGCCAUCAGAUUGACCCAGAACAAUGCUCACAGGCUUCAGUUUCAGGAUAGAAUUCAGAUCAUUGUACUCGAUAGGGGAAGUGGACACUCCUUCUGCCCUGAAGACCUGGACCCGGUUAUCAGCAAAACUCCCAACAUCUUCCACCAGGACAUGAAGCAGCUGGCUCCAGAAAUACUCAGCACCUUUGUGAACUUAAAGGAGGAGCUGAAGAGCAAGCAAAGGUGUUGUGAGAAGGAGCAGCAGUUGGCCAGUCAAAGGAACUCUCCUGUGACCCUGCCAAAACACUUGAAGGUUAAGGAGCACAUUGAGAAAGAGAGUGGGAUCCUGAAAGCAAGUUUGAGAGAAAAGGGCAGUGGCAACAGCUGGGGCAGUGGCAACAGCUGUGGCAGCAGCAGCAGCAUCGACAGCAGCAGUGAACAACUCCAGACCCGUAGUGGGUGCAGCGCUUCUCCAUACUGGUUUACAUAA